GGGGUGGGGCCGAGGAUAGGAUGGCUCGGGGUGGGCUGGGGGCAGAAGAGGCCUCCCUCCGAUCAAACGCAUUGUCCUGGCUGGCCUGUGGGCUCCUGGCCCUGCUGGCCAAUGCCUGGAUCAUCCUUAGCAUUUCAGCCAAGCAGCAGAAGCACAAGCCCCUGGAGUUACUGCUCUGCUUCCUGGCGGGUACACAUAUACUCAUGGCGGCUGUGCCCCUUACCACCUUUGCCGUGGUGCAGCUCCGGCGCCAGGCUUCCUCUGACUAUGACUGGAACGAGAGCAUCUGCAAGGUCUUUGUGUCCACCUACUACACGCUGGCCCUGGCCACCUGCUUCACAGUUGCCUCGCUCUCCUACCAUCGCAUGUGGAUGGUGCGCUGGCCUGUCAACUACCGCCUCAGCAACGCCAAGAAGCAGGCGCUGCAUGCCGUCAUGGGCAUCUGGAUGGUCAGCUUCAUCCUUUCUACGCUGCCCUCCAUAGGCUGGCACAACAACGGCGAGCGCUAUUAUGCCCGAGGCUGCCAGUUCAUAGUCUCCAAGAUCGGUCUCGGCUUCGGCGUCUGCUUCAGCCUCUUGCUUCUUGGGGGCAUUGUCAUGGGGUUGGUCUGCGUGGCUAUCACUUUCUAUCAGACACUGUGGGCCCGGCCCCGGAGGGCUCGGCAGGCCCGGAAAGCUGGGGGCAGUGUGGGAGCCAAAGUGGGUGGGCUGGGGGGCUUGGGUACACGACCAGCUUUUGAGGUGCCAGCCAUUGUGGUGGAGGACACUCGAGGGAAGCGGCGGUCCUCGCUGGAUGGCUCCGAAUCUGCCAAGACAUCUUUGCAGGUCACCAACUUGGUCAGCGCUAUCGUCUUUCUCUAUGACUCCCUCACAGGGGUGCCCAUCUUGGUGGUGAGCUUCUUCUCCUUGAAGUCGGACUCGGCUCCGCCGUGGAUGGUGCUGGCCGUGCUGUGGUGCUCCAUGGCACAGACUCUGCUCCUGCCCUCCUUCAUCUGGUCCUGCGAGCGCUACCGUGCGGAUGUGCGCACCGUGUGGGAGCAGUGCGUGGCUAUCAUGUCCGAGGACGACGGCGACGACGAUGGAGCCUGUGACGACUACACAGACGGCCGAGUGUGCAAAAUUCGUUUUGAUGCUAAUGGGGCCACAGGGUCAGGGGGUCGGGACCCCACCCAGGUCAAACUGCUGCCUGGCCGGCACAUGCUAUUUCCGCCUCUUGAGAGAGUACACUAUUUACAGGUCCCCCUGUCCCGCCGAUUGUCCCAUGAUGAGACCAACAUCUUUUCUACUCCUCGGGCACCAGGCUCCUUCCUACACAAAUGGUCAUCAUCCGAUGACAUCCGGAUCCUCCCAGCCCAGAGCCGAGCCCUUGGGGGCCCUCCUGAAUACCUGGGACAGAGACACAGGCUGGAGGGUGAGGAGGAUGAGGAAGAGGCUGAAGGCGGGGGCUUAGCCAGCCUUCGCCAGUUCCUAGAAAGUGGGGUUCUGGGGUCAGGUGGGGGACCCCCACGAGGUCCUGGUUUCUUCCGGGAGGAGAUCACCACCUUCAUCGACGAGACACCUCUGCCUUCUCCAACUGCCUCACCAGGACCCUCUCCUCGUAGGCCCAGGCCACUGGGUUUUUCACCUCGACGCCUCUCCCUUGGGUCUCCUGAUAGCGGAGCUGUUGGACUUCCUUUGGGGCUAAGUGCAGGGAGACGCUGUUCUCUGACAGGGAGCGAGGGGAGUUCAAGGGCUUGGGGAAGACCCUGGGGCCCAGGCAACCCCAUCUUCCCCCAGCUGACCCUGUGAGGCCACAUGGGCCUGCUUAACUCAGAGGAGGGGGCGUGGGUGAGGACUCCUCAUUCUGGCCCUGAGCCUAUGGCAGCUGCCUCCAGGGAGAUGGGCACUAGAUCUGGAUUCUAGAGCCCCAGCUCUCUCCCAUCCAAGUGACCAGACACCCUUACUCACCCAUCUUCACCCCUAGCAAAACGUAUUAAAGGUUGAAGUAUUGCCAUCGAAA